AUGAAACAAAAUUGGGAGGAAUCAUCGGAAUUCCUGACAGAAUCAGAAUUUAAAGAUUUACAACAAAUAUUCUCAAGCUCCCUUGAACUUAAAAAAUUGAAAACGUGGAAAAACAUUGACAAUGAUGCAGAUAUAUUGCUACACAAUCUUUCAAAGGUGAAUUUUCAAAAAUUGCAACAAAUGGGAGAAUCUAUGCUUUCAGAAGGAACUCAGGGAACAUUAGAAUUACUAAGAACAUUGUUAAAAGAUGAAGAUAAUAAUA